AUGAAGAACAAAAUCAUCCUCGCCGGCCUGUUUGGCCUCGCCGGCCUUGUCAGUGCCGGCUCGGGCUCGGGCUUCCUCCGACGACACAUGCCCGAGUCCCAAACGACGACGCACCAGAUGAGCCGGCGGUAUAUGACGGAGGCUAGAAAGCAGAAACAUAUCGACGACGUUCCUCCGCCGCGCUUCCGCAACAACGACACCGAGAGAUUCUACGUCGACGGUAGCACGUUACCGCUGAUCGACUGGAACGUCGGCGAGUCCUACGCCGGGAAUCUGCCCAUCUCGGAUAGCGCCAACGAGACGAGCGAGCUCUUCUUCUGGUACUUUCCCACCGCGACGAAGGAAUUUGCCGAGAACAAGGAGAUUGUGAUAUGGCUCAACGGCGGUCCCGGAUGCUCCUCGCUGCUCGGCUUCCUCGAGGAGAACGGCCCGAUAGCCUGGGGCGAGGGCAUGGCCACGCCGCAGCGCAACCCCUUCAGCUUCCACAUGCUCACCAACGUCGUCUGGCUCGAGCAGCCCGUCGGCGUCGGCUUCACCAAGGGCCACGAGGUCAUCCACAAUGAGGAGGACAUCGCCGCGCAGUUCAUCGGCUUUUGGAAGAACUUUGCCCGCACGUUUAGCAUGGACGGGUGGAAGGUGUACAUUACCGGCGAGUCGUACGCCGGCAUGUACGGGCCGUACCUCGCGCAGGCCAUGCUCGACCGGGCCGACGCCACGUACUACGACAUGGCCGGGCUGCUCGUCUACAACGGCAUCUCGUGGGGCGAGGCGCUGCAGUCCGCCCCCGUCGCCUUCCCGUUCCUCGACAUGCACUACGACCUCAUGCCCCUCGACCAGCCCGUGUUUGAGCAGCUGCGCGCGCUCGACGCCAAGUGCGGCUUCGAGGACUUUCGGAGGGAGUACUUUGUGUACCCGCCCCGGGGUCCGAUGCCAAGCCCGCUGUCGCAUGCUGACAACGAGAGCGACUGUGCCGGCAUCUUUGACAAAGUGAACAUGGAGGCGGUCAAGAAGAAUCCGUGCUUCAACAUAUAUAACAUCGUGGAUAGAUGCCCGAGGCGUAACGAGCCGCUGUCGGGAAACGACGCGUGGUUCGCCAGGCAGGACGUGCAGGCCGCGAUCCACGUCGGCCCGUAUGUCGCGUGGCACGAGUGCAGCCAGGUGUUCCCGGAGGGCGUUGAGGACCAGUCGGAUCCGGCGGGCGUACACGCGCUACCGCAGGUCAUCGACCGGACCGGCAACGUCAUCGUCGCUGCGGGCACCAACGACUAUAUCCUGUCAAUGAACGGCAUCCUCCUGGGCAUCCAGAACAUGACGUGGGGCGGGAAGCUUGGCUUUCAGCAGGCGCCAAGCGAUCCCUUUUACGUACCCGCGUACGGCUUCGACCCGGACAGGAUGGGAGACGACGACUAUAACGCCGAAUUUUACGGGUACGAGCUCCCGGCCGGGUACGGCGUCAUGGGUACCACGCAUCAAGAGCGCGGCCUCUCGUUUGUGGUGUCCCAGCUGGCUGGGCACGAGGGCCCCGAGUUCACGCCUGCAGCGUCAUUCCGCAUCUUGGAGAAGCUGCUCGGCCGAAUUGACAGCUUGAGGGAAGUGUCUGCCUUUAGCUUACCUCAGAUCAGCAACGUUACGCAGCCCGAGGGUGAGCUGGGCAACGGCACUGUCAAGAUACCAUGCUGGACUAGGGGAUGUUAG